AUGCAAGCAGUACUGUACCUUAGUGACCUAAGGUACUCCUAUUCCCAACCGUCGCUGCUGGUGCUGCUGUCGAUUCGGCACAUUAGACCAGACGAUGUGUAUGACGAACAGAACAUUGUUCGUUUCGCCACCGAUGCGCUUCCGCCUUGGGGACGUUUUCGGAUCAGCGCGUAUUUACUGCGGAGUCGACUACUUGUCCGGACUUCGUGA